AUGAACCAAGUUAUUCACAAGUAUCCAAAUUUGCGUAAAAAUUGCGAGUCUAUCGACGAGCUGUCCAUACCUGAUGUAGACCGAUCUUCCGGUCAAAGCAAGUUUGCCCCGUUCAUUUUCCAGGUAAACGGAUCGUGGAGCCUGCCGGGCUUUGUCUGCGACUUUUACAUCGCGAUGGACGUCACGUGCAGCACCAGUUCCAUCUUCAACCUCGUAGCAAUCUCGAUAGACAGAUACAUCGCGGUGACCCAGCCGAUAAAGUACGCGAAGCACAAGAACAAUAGAAGAGUGUGGCUCACGAUACUGUUGGUCUGGGCGAUAUCGGCCGCGAUCGGCAGCCCAAUUGUUCUCGGUCUGAAUAACACCCCUGACCGAAUACCGGACCAAUGCCUCUUCUACAAUGCGGACUUUAUCAUCUACUCGAGCCUAUCCAGCUUCUACAUACCCUGCAUCAUCAUGGUGUUUCUGUACUAUAACAUAUUCAAGGCGUUGCGGAACAGGGCGAGGAAAGCCAGGGCCAACCGGAAGCCGAACAUGGGCGACAUUAAACCCGGCAGUAUAAUCGAGAACAUCGCGCAUACCCGCAGGUUCGCGGAGACCGCGCUUGGGGCGGCUGCCCUGGUUGCUCCGGGGAUGGAGGAGCCGACGAACACAGCGUCCGGUAGCAACGAGGACGAGGACGAGACACCGCUCGAUCCCGUCGUGGUCAUCUCGAACGACAGGAGCACCGAGUUCUUUUUGGCGACGGUCGUCGAGGAAGCAGCUUAUCGUUUCAGUGCAGUGGCGCACGCUCAGCUCGGCGGAACGCAGAACGCGCGAAAGGAUUCGGGCUACGAUGCAGCUGCGAGCAGCAUGGCGAUCCACGAAACCCUCGAGACGAACUCCAGUCCGAGCCCGAAUCCGCGUAUCACCUCGGCGCCGUCUUCCUCGACCUCGUCAUCGCCGCCGCCGAAGGGGGCGACCCCAAGUUCCAGUUCGUUGCCGAAGAAGAACGGCGCCGAGGCGAGCAAGCAGGAGCUAAAAAGGCUGAAGAGCGCGGGUUCCCUAUUACCCCUUCAGCUUGGACGUACGCAAAGUGUCAUGUCCGGCUCGUCCACCUGUAAAAAGGACAAGAGGAACGCAGCGGCCGGGUCCAGGUUCACGAUAUACAAGGCGAACAAGGCGAGCAAGAAGAAAAGGGAAAAGAGCUCUGCAAAGAAGGAACGCAAGGCGACUAAAACGCUGGCCAUAGUUUUGGGCGUCUUCCUAAUCUGUUGGCUGCCGUUCUUCACCUGCAACAUCAUGGACGCGCUUUGCACCAAGCUCGAGGCGACCUGUCAGCCGGGUGUCACGGCGUUCAUCGUGACCUCCUGGCUAGGGUACAUGAACAGCUUCGUGAAUCCUGUAAUCUACACUGUGUUCAAUCCCGAAUUUCGCAAAGCUUUCCACAAGCUCCUCAGCUUUUAA